GAAUAAAAUUUAUCAACGGAUCUAAAUCAUCUAUGGAAGGCAAUCCUUGUGAUAUAGUUUCAACCAAUUAGAUGAUUCUAAUCAAUUUUCAAUGUUGAAAAAGUUCUAUAAAUAGACUAUCUCACCACACCUUCUAUCUCAUCAUACCUUCUCACCACACCUUCUAUCUCACCAUACCUUCUCACCACACCUUCUAUCUCACCAUACCUUCUCAAUCAUUUAGUCAUGGCUGCUCAACAAGUAAUUUGUAUUGUUUAUUACAAUGGUUCAAUUGUUGAUGGAGUUGAAGGAAAAACAUUUGUAAGUGACUAUAAAAAGGCGUUCAAAGUACAUUCGGGAAGCAACCUUGCUCGUCUAAAGAAUGUCAUUAGAAAAAAAAUUACAGCUCGGUGACAACGUCACGAUAAGUGAUAUAGUUUAUUGACACCUCGUGUUCUUUGGUGAAAAUACAACAAAGUUUGAACUCAUGAAGAUUUGCGACGAUGAAGAUGUUGAGUUGAUGUUUGAUGUUUAUGCACAGUGGUCACAACUCGGCACCAUCGAGUUAUAUGUUACCUUUGACUCUGCUCCUCCAUCAACAAACAUUGAUCAACCAUCAACAUCAAACAUACCUUAUCAACCCGACUUAUAUUCUCCAUCGCAACACUAUGAACCAUCACAACACUAUCCUCCGUCACAACACUAUCCUCCAUCACAACACUACGAACCAUAUUCUACCCAAUUAGAACAAACUCGUUCAGAAAGUUUUCAACUCCAUCAUCAAUCUCCUCCAACAAGUCCACAAUGCGAUCUUCCCCUUAGUGUCUUACAUAGUAUCAACGACGAAGAUUUCAGUGAUUAUAGUGAAGAGGAUGAAACAUACUUCGAUGAAUCAUCUGAUAAUUCUGUCGAUGACAUUGAUGGUGACGAAGAUAUGGAAGCAGAAGAUCAACCUAUUCUACCUGAUUUCGAUCCACCAUCUCACCUGAAGAGCAUCAAUUUAGAUACUCAACAGAAAUCAAGUGAAUUUGAUCACUUGCUCAUUAACGAAGUCCCAACAGUAGAUGGAACUCUUGCGGUUGGAAUGAAGUUUCAGAACAAAGAUGAAUGCAUACAUGCAAUCAAGCGCUACCACAUAAAACAAUCAUUGAAUUUUGUGGUACAAAAGUCAGAUUUAGAAAGGUAUGUCAUUUAUUGUUCAGAUCCAAAUUGUUUGUUUAGAUGUAGAGCUUCAAAACGCAAAAAAAGUGAAUUGUGGGUUAUUGGUAAAUUGAAUGUGCCUCAUACAUGCACAAAUUCUGCAUUGUCACAAGAUCAUACGAAGCUCGAUUCUAAUAUGAUAUGUCAAAGCAUAAUGCAAGUUGUGAAAGUAGAUCCGUCAAUCAAAGUGAAGGUAAUUGUUGCUCAAAUUCGGUCUUUACAUAACUACACAGUUAGUUAUAAAAAGGCCUGGAUAGGAAAGAAUAAAGCGAUCGAACAAAUUUAUGGCAACUGGGAAGAGUCUUACAAUCAACUCCCACAAUGGUUGUUGGUUAUGAAAACGUUUGCUCCAGGAACUAAAAUAGAAAUGGAAACCAUCCCAGCUUAUCAUGAGAAUAGUUUGAUAAAUGGGAUAACGAUUUUUCAUAGACUAUUUUGGGCUUUCGUUCCGUGUAUAUCUGCGUUUAAAUUCUGCAAACCAAUGGUACAAGUUGAUGGGACUUGGCUGUACGGCAAGUACAAAGGAACUCUAUUGGUAGCAGUUGCACAAGAUGGGAACGACAACGUAAUUCCUAUUGCUUAUGCUAUUGUGGAAGGUGAGACAAAAGAAGGUUGGAGUUUCUUUUUGAGAAAUUUGAGAAAAUUUGUCACUCCACAAGCCAACAUUUGUUUGAUUUCCGAUAGACAUGAAUCUAUUAAGAGUGCUUAUAAUAAUCCGAAUAAUGGGUGGCAAGAUCCUCCGUCAAAGCAUAUGUUAUGCGUCCGACAUAUUGCACAAAAUUUUACAAGGGAAUUUAAAGACAAUGCUUUGAAGAAAAAAGUUAUUUCUAUGGGUUACUCUAUCAACGAGCCUACAUAUCGAUACUACCGUAGAGAAAUCGGCAUGCUAAAUCCGGAUGCUUUGAAAUGGUUAGACAACAUACCUCGACAAGAUUGGAUUCAAGCAUUCGAUGGAGGUAGUCGUUGGAGUCAGAUGACAACCAACCUUGUGGAGUCAAUCAACGCAGUAUUAAAAGGCCCGCGCAACCUUCCCAUCACUACUUUGUUGCAAUCGACUUAUUUUAAAACAGGGACACUAUUUCCAACCAUGGGAAAACAACACGCAUCAAUUUUAGCUUCUGGUCAGGUAUACACAAAACCUUGCAUAGAUUUUAUGAAAUUGGAAAUAAGUAAAUCCAAUAGUCAUAGGGUGGAUAGUUUUGAUCGGAGCAACCAUACUUUCAUGGUGCACGAGACAGUGGUUCCAAGAGAAGGGCGACCAAUUGGUCAUUUCAGUGUAAACCUUUCUAACAAGUGGUGCGAUUGUGGAAUAUAUCAAGCUAAACAUAUGCCUUGUUCACAUGUCAUAGCAGCAUGCUCUAGCAUAAAGUAUAAUUAG